AUGCCAGACCUCACUGCCGCCGAGCUCAGCAUUCCGGCCGAGCAGCACCCCGAUCCCGCAAAGCCACUGGUGAUACCCGUCGACUCAACAGUGGUAGGCUCUACCCUGCGCUUCAUUCCGUGGUCUGUGGUGGGCAAUCCGGCCCUCCUCCAGCUGCCCCCUCCUCCUCCGGGGAUGCAACCGUCGUGGGUCCAGAUUCCGCAGUGGGUCGCCAUCAGUGCGCUGCUCGCCUUCAGUGAGCCCGAGCCCGCUGUGGCCACCCACUUUGACAGGCUCAGCGUCUUGCGGCUGGCCGUAUUGGCCGCGGCUUGGCGCCGCAUCCUCGGUGCCUUGUCCGACCUCGGCGUUUUCAGCACGGUGCACGUGGAUGAGGAUGCGUUCCGUACGGUGUGCAUCCAGGCUCUGCACUCCCGCCAAAUCCCGGUGCCCGAGCUCUAUCUGCAGUGGGGCGAUUUGGGGUACUCUGAGGCUAUCGUGCCUUUGGGACCAGCGCCAUCUGCAGAAGCGAAGGCCGUCGACUUCUUGCAGUACGCGACGGUCGGGGCUCUUUGCGACCCUACGGCCGACGUCCCGUUCGCAGCCCUGUCUGACAUGACCCGCUGCUUGGGGCCCGUCUUCACGGCGGCGGCGCGCGUCGAUCCCAUGGGGAGCGCCGUCGUGGGGGCUGCAUCGCUCGCCGCCGCCGCUGGUCACAUCACUCCGCGAGCGAGCGAUGGGCAUCCCGCCCUGCUCUCUCGGCAUGUGAUCAGCAUGCUGAAGACUACCCGCUCGAGUUUCCCGGCCUGCCUGAGGACCAACUCCUUUCAGAACUACUCUGCGGAGGUUGAGACUCGCGCCGAGUACGUGGGCGGGACCGCCGUGGCGCGCGACCGAGUGGCCGAGCAGCGUUGCCCGCGCGCUAUCGCAGCCAAGGCGCCGACGCUCGACUCCCUGCUCCGUGCGCUGCCUCGGCCAACGCCCCCGUCGGUCGUUUAUGAAGCCUACCGGCAGCUCGUCUCGCUCUACUUUCCGACGGAUCGGCGCCCUAUGGACCUAGCGAGCCGGCGCGGCGGCGCCGUCGACGCCGACGGACUAGUACAGCGCUUGCCCAGCCCUGCCCGCACGAAAUUCAACCUAACUAAACUCAACCACUUGCUGCUAACCUACAUCGCCUGUUCUCAACAGACGCUCGGGCGCGCCACCACGGCCGGCUCCGCAACCUGUACGGCAUCCAGCUCGGGCACGCCAUCGCGGCCUGGCUCCGCGCCAAACCCGGGCAACCUCCCGUGGCGGGAGGACUUCGUCGUCGCACCGGCGGCCGCUCGGCCUGAGCUGUGA